AUGACUCCAGCUGGAUCCCAAGUCUGGUGUGUUGUGUUCCCCAACGGCGCAUACAUUGCCGCUGGCACGCACGAUAAGAGAGUUCUGAUAUGGGAUGCGGUGACCUGCCAGAUGACUAUCGACCCAUUCGGCCCAUACCACGCGGUGAGAGCCAUUGCAAUCUCGCCGGACAACACUCAGGCACACAACGGCAAGAUGCGGUCGGUGGACUACUCGCCUGACGGUCGAUGGCUUGCUUCGGGAUCGCUGACGGUACUGUCUGCAUAUGGAGUACAUCCGACUGGCGAAUGA